ACGUCAUUAGACUUGAUAACUCGUUCCCAGUUGUUUUUCCCAGUGAGUUUCCUUCUGUAGCAAACCAAACGAUCGAUCAAAAACUACACAUUACUCAUUAGUACGGGAUAAAACAGAAAAUGGCAGGUUCUCCAACGGACGAAAAGCAAGUGGACCUUAAUAAAGAUGAGCAUUUGUUUGAGGAGGAGGAGGGGGCGACUCAUGCGAAAGAGGAACCGAUGACUGAGGAGGAGAAACAGAGGCAGAUGGAGGAGUGGAAAGAGGAACUAGCCAGGGUUGAAGGGGAGAUAACCACACUCAGACAGGUUUUAGGAUCCAAAGUGAGAUAUGCCUCUGAAUUAAAGAGAAAGAUGGGCAUUACUCCAUUCCAGGAGUUUAAGCACGACUUUUCGGAGGGUAUAAAGUCCAUCCAGCAGUCAGAGACGUUCCAGAAGACAAAUGAAUCCCUUUCGAAUCUCCAAGCCAAAAUAACAGGCUCUACAGUGUAUCAGAAAACAAAUGAAAAACUUCAUGAUAUAAAUGACAAGAUAACACAUUCCACUGCAUACCAGAAGACCUCCUCUGCUAUGAAGACUGCCUCUGAGAAGACUAACGAGACGGUGCGCAAUGUGGCUUCUUCUGUCUCCAAGAAAAUAGGAGACCUUAGGAAUUCUGGUACUUUUAAAUCUAUGGAAGAAAAGGUUGGAGGUGCUUAUGCAAAUGUGAAGGCCAAAGUAACAGGAAGCAAAUCGGAAGAUAAUUUUGAGAGUGCUCUUCAGAAGGAUACGGAAGGCAAUAAUUCUGCUAACGGAGGCCAGCCCACAUCCUUACCCGAGGAGAAAGUCCCUCUCUAAAGAAGUUGUCUGUCGUUUAAUGUUCUUGUUACAACACAAUUCAUCUGCACUGCUUCACAACAGUGGCUUCUGAAUUGAAUUGACAUGUAAAUUAAUUGACCAAAGUCUAUAAAAUUGUACAUGUACGUAUGCUGUAGGUUAAAAAUCAUGCUGCUUUAAAAGUGCAUUUCUGUGUAAAUGUAAGCAUUAGUCAAAUAUUUAUUUAAAUUAUAAAUAAGUCCAAAAAAAAAAAAAGAUGUGAAUAAUGAUAACUAGUAAAAAAAAUUGCUGAAAAUUAUUUCAAGAAAUUUUUAAAAAUUCACAGACACUUGCAUUUUCAGUUACUGAUUUUUCUAUAACUUAUUCAGUGAUACCAUAGUCUGUGAUGUUAAUAAAAAUUGUUGUUAAUUUAUACUACUGCAUUUAUUCUGCAAUAACAUUUGUUUUUGAUAUAAAGUGCAGUCAAUGUAGCAUAUUUUUUAAUCUUAAUUUAUUACAUAGAACAUCACAUUUUCGAGCAUUAGUUUUCUAGUUGCAUUAUUGUGUACAUUUUUCCCCAAGCAUUUUGUUUAAGAUUUUCAUUCUCAUUCAUUUAAUUAACAAGUUGUUGGACAUCAAGAAAAAUAGUCACUGUGGCAGUUAUUUUUGCAAUAUAUGUUUAGCUCUUUAAAGGUAGAUAACUCUGACCAAAUGUUCAUAUUUAAAAUAAUCAUUUACAAGUUGGUGUUGAAACAACAUUUAGAUAGUUAUGUACCUGUAAACAUUGCUUAUGGUGCUUGUUGACUGUGUAAAUUAUAUGAUUUAGAAUUUCCAACAUUCAGCUAUCACUAUCACAGCUUAGUACGUUCUGCAUAUUUAUAGAUGUCUUGAAUGUGCUUUUUUCACAUUUCUGUUCCAAUUUUUAAUAAAAUACCAGUAUAAGAAACAUAUAAAAAUCUGCAUUAUCAGUAACUUUUGGAAGUGGACAUGUAAGUACAUAUAGCUUCAAGUGGAGAGAGAAAAUGUGUACAUGUAUAAUCUAAGUAAACAUGAGUAGUUGGAUACUGUAAAUAACGGGUGAUACAGUACUAAAAUAUAUUUUAUUCAAAGUUAAAGGGUAAUAACUAUGUGAAGGUUCAGAAUUAGACUGCUCAGAAAUGAAAUAGUGUAGGGACAUAAUAAAUAUCUUGCCUUGCAUGUGUUAAGUUUUUGGCUGUGAUAAACAAAAGCAAUCUAAUUAUACAUUUAAAAAUAAUUUGAAAGAUGUGAUGGUAUAUUUUUAUAUGAAGAUUGCAUGGAUUUCAACAUCUUCAAAUGCAUGUAUUUUCCUCUAUUUUAAUAGAAAGCUCAGUUGAAAUUCCUUUACAAAGUUACAUUGUAAACUUUUGAUGAAUAUAUGGCACUUUAAUUUUAUUUCAAGAAACUUGUAUUGGGGAAUUUGCAUAUAGUAAUGGGGAGUUGAGAGGAGGAGUAAAAGCUAAGUGUAUUAUGUAACCAUUAGUCAGCCUUUUUCUCAUUUAAUCUUCUGGUUAAGGGAUAAACAUACAGCGUCUUCCAUCUUGCUUCUGUCUGUCUCUCUAUCCCAGCAACUGUCCACAGUAUUCUCAAAACCCAUGAACAGUUGAGGUGUCAGCGAUAUCAUAAAGAUUGUAAUGUGUAUUUGUACCAGAAAUGAAAUGCGUCUGUUCAGCUUUCUGUAAAGCAGAUUACAUUUGUGGAGCAAUUGUAUAUAAAUACUAUUUCUAAAUCCCUUUUCUGUCAGUGCUAUUACUACAGUUGUAAUAUUAAUGUAUUCAUUCCUGUGUUUAUAAUGUUAUAAAUUAUAUCAUAUGAGAAAUAAAAUGUGAGUAAGUUGCA